AUGGGCGAAGGAAGUAUCUCAUCCGAGAUGAAUGCUGCAUCGACGCCAGAUCUCAAGGUUGCUAUAAAAGGGCAGGGAGAUGCGGCUCUAGCCUUCUUUGAGACGUAUGAGGUUGUGACUUAUACAAGAGAAGAGGAGAAAGCGGUUGUACGCAAGAUUGAUUGGGUGUUGAUGCCACUUUAUAUGGACAAAAGUGUAAUGGCUCAGGCGGCUGUCUAUGAUCUGGUCGAAAACCUUGGGCUAAAGGGCCAAGAAUACUCUUGGUGCUCAUCCAUUUUCUACUUUGGAUAUCUCGCCUUCCAACCCUUUGCAGCACGAUUGCUCAACUACUUUCCCCUAGGCCGCUUUGUAGGAACCACUUCGAUCAUCUGGGGAGUCAUUUUAUUCUGUACUGCUGGGGCUAUGGACUUCAAAGGCAUGAUGGCAGUGCGUUUCUUCUUGGGCUUAGCUGAGGCCGGUGUGUCUCCAGCAUAUGUCCUCAUUACAGGCACAUGGUAUAAGAAGGAUGAAAUUCCACUGCGCAUCACCACGUGGUAUUGUGGUAAUGGCUUUGCAAUCAUCCUUCAAUCUUUCAUUGCGUACGGAAUAGGACACAUCCACACUGGGAUCGCUGUUUGGAGGUGGUUUUUCAUCAUAUUUGGUAUUGUUGGUCUGGUGUGGGGUUUCGUAUUGUGGUUUUUCAUGCCAGAUAGUCCAUUGACUGCCAAAUUCCUCAACGACAGGGAAAGAGCCAUUGCGAUCGAAAGGCUUCGCGACAAUCGGACUGGUAUUGAAAACACAACCUUCAAGAAGGAACAACUCGUUGAGGCUUUGACUGAUGUCAAGGUCUGGUAUGGGUUCUUCUACAGCAUCGCAUGCGUUGUCCCCGCCACGGCGGUCGCUAACUUCGGUGGCCUUAUCAUCAAAGGUAAUAUUCUUUCAGCGGAUGUGAAGAAGCGACUUGGUUUCAACAGCUUCGAGACCUCUCUGCUUAACACUCCGCUAGGGGUAACGCAGUGCAUGGGGCUUGUGACCGCUGGAUUCGUGGCACUUUACUUUCCAAAUACGCGCUGCUUGAUGCAGUUCCUUUGCAAUAUCCCUGCGGUCAUUGGAUCCGUUCUCGUGUACACGCUCCCCACUCAUAAUCGAACUGGGAGGCUCAUAGCCUUCUACUGCACAAACUUCACCAACGCUUCGCUGCCUAUGAUGUUCGCUCUCACCACCACCAACAUCGCUGGCCAGACCAAAAGAUCCGUAUCUACAGCCCUUCUCUUUGUCGGAUAUUCUACAGCCUUCAUCAUCGGUCCCCAGUUCUUCCGCGCCAGUGAGGCACCAAAAUACGGUACGGGGUUCAAGACCAUGAUUAUCAUGUUUUCUAUCGCCGCUCUCGCUCCCGGUCUCUAUUUCUUUUAUGCUACCUGGUUGAAUCGGCGCAAGCAGAAGAAUCUUGAGGGGAGUGGUGAUGAUAAUGGUCCUAUGGUGAAUGAGGAAUUCUUCGAUCUCACAGACAAACAGCAGCCGCGUUUCGUGUACGUGAUGUAA